AUGGUGGCAGCCUACGUCUCACAGGUACAACACGAGACACCUGGGGAAGAGAGGAGAAUGGAGGUCAAUCACUGGACUACAGGAGCUAUAGAUAACUCUGGGCCACAUAAUGAUGUCAACUAUAGCUCUGGGCCACUUAAUGAUGUCAACUAUAGCUCUGGGCCACAUAAUGAUGUCAACUAUAACUCUGGGCCACAUAAUGAUGUCAACUAUAACUCUGGGCCACAAAAUGAUGUCAAUUAUAGCUCUGGGCCAUAUAAUGAUGUCAACUAUAACUCUGGGCCACAUAAUGAUGUCAACUAUAGCUCUGGGCCACAUAAUGAUGUCAACUAUAGCUCCGGGCCAUAUAAUGAAGUCAACUAUAGCUCUGGGCCACUUAAUGAUGUUGUCCAAAGCUCUGGGCCACAUAAUGUCAACUAUAGCUCUGGGCCACUUAAUGAUGUCAACUAUAGCUCUGGGCCAUAUAACGAUGUCAACUAUAACUCUGGGCCACAUAAUGAUGUCAACUAUAACUCUGUCCACAUAAUGAUGUCAACUAUAGCUCUGGGCCACAUAAUGAUGUCAACUAUAGCUCUGGGCCAUAUAAUGAUGUCAACUAACUCUGGGCCACAUAAUGAUGUCAACUAUAGCUCUGGGCCACAUAAUGAUGUCAACUAUAGCUCCGGGCCAUAUAAUGAAGUCAACUAUAGCUCUGGGCCACUUAAUGAUGUUGUCCAAAGCUCUGGGCCACAUAAUGUCAACCAUAGCUCUGGGCCACAUAAUGAUGUCAACUAUAGCUCUGGGCCACAUAAUGAUGUCAACUAA